AUGGUAUCACAAACACCUUACCUUGCUCUGCCGGGCUCAUCGGCCUUCUCUGGCUUCCGCACUGCUCGCCUUGCCGCCGCAAUCGGCGCAACUGAAGUGCGCGGAGUAUGGAUGCACUACGUGAAUCCCAACCAGGAGCUCACUGAAGAAGAAUCAAAGAUUCUGGAUCAGCUUCUCAAGUACGGAAGUCAAUUGUCUACCCAAGACAGACUCUCACAAGUUCUCCUUGACGCUGUUCACCGUGGCGGUGAUGCCAGAGACGACACCACCCGCCUUUACUAUGUUUCUCCUAGAGCCGGAACCAUCUCACCAUGGAGCUCAAAGGCAACCUCAAUUGCCCAUGUCUGCGGUCUCGAGAAGCAGAUCAAGCGCAUUGAGCGCGGUAUGGUCAUUGCUGCAAGCUUCAAGGACGCUCCUGCAAAGGACAACAUCCCCAAUCCUGACAUGCUUCACGACCGUAUGACUCAAACCAUCGAAUCUGGACCUCCGGAUCUCAAUCUGAUGUUCGCCGAGGGUGCGCCUGCCCAAGCUCAGGAAAUUGAGCUAUUUGCCGAAGGCAGCUCUCCUAAGGAGGCACUUCAGAAGGCCAACCGCACACUUGGCCUGGCUCUCGAUGCAUCCGAGAUCGACUACCUGGUUGACGCCUAUGCUAACCAACUCAAGCGUAACCCUAUCGACGUUGAGCUUUUCAUGUUUGCCCAGGUCAACUCGGAGCACUGCAGACACAAGCAGUUCAACGCAGACUGGACGAUCGACGGUAUGCGCAAGCCUCACAGUCUGUUCGGCAUGAUCAGAAACACUCACAAGAAGCACCCUGAGUACGUUGUUAGCGCUUACAGCGACAACGCAGCCGUUCUUCAGGGUGAGAACGCCAGUCUCUGGGCCCCCGAGCACUCUACUGGUGAAUGGAAGCAGACCAAGGAAGUUGUCCACUUCUUGGCCAAGGUCGAGACUCACAACCACCCCACUGCAGUUUCUCCCUACCCUGGAGCAGCCACCGGAUCUGGAGGUGAAAUCCGUGAUGAAGGCGCUGUUGGACAGGGCUCAAAGCCCAAAGCUGGUCUCUCUGGUUUCACCGUUUCUGACCUUCUCAUUCCCGGUCACGAGCAGCCAUGGGAGAUGGAUGUCGGAAGACCCGGCCACAUCGCCAGCGCUUUGGACAUCAUGCUCGAAGCUCCUAUCGGUAGCGCAGCAUUCAACAACGAGUUCGGAAGACCUUGCACAACUGGUUACUUCCGUACCCUGACUACCGAAGUUCCCAUAGACGAUAACACCACUGAAAUCAGAGGUUACCACAAGCCUAUUAUGCUUGCAGGUGGUGUUGGUACUGUUCGUCCUCAGCACGCCCUCAAGUCUGAGGACUUUGUCAGCGCUGGCGCUUCUCUCAUUGUUCUUGGUGGACCUGCCAUGCUAAUCGGUCUGGGAGGUGGCGCAGCCUCAAGCGUUCAAUCCGGCGAGAGCAACGUCGAUCUUGACUUCGCCAGUGUCCAGAGAGGCAACGCCGAGGUUCAGAGACGUGCUCAGGAAGUUAUCAACACUUGCACAUCCCUUGGUUCAAACAACCCCAUCCAGCUCAUCCACGAUGUUGGUGCUGGUGGUUUGUCAAACGCUCUUCCUGAGAUCGUCCACGAUGCCGGACUCGGUGCCAAGUUCGAGCUGAGAGAAAUCGAUAAUGCUGACCGCAGCCUCAGCCCUCUACAAAUCUGGUGCUGUGAGGCCCAGGAGCGUUACGUCAUGGCCGUCUCUCCCGAGGGCCUUGAGCUCUUCAAGAAAAUCUGUAAGCGCGAGAGAUGCGGUUUCUCCGUUGUUGGACAAGCCAGCGACCGCGCUUCAAAGGAGGAGAAGCGUUUGAUUUUGAUGGACCGCGACUCUGAGAAGUAUCCCACACCUAUCGACCUUCCCAUGUCGAUCCUCUUCGGAAAGCCUCCCAAGAUGUCCAGAAUCGUGGAGUCUAGAAAGCUCAAGCUUCCUCGUUUCGACAGCACCCUUGCCACUUACCUCCCCAAGAUGUCCACCAAGGAUGUCUUUGGCGAGGCUGUCAAGCGUGUUCUUUCGCUGCCUUCCGUUGGUUCCAAGUCGUUCCUAAUCACCAUUGCUGACAGAUCGGUCGGCGGUCUUGUUGUUCGCGAUCAGAUGGUCGGUCCUUGGCAGACUCCCGUCGCAGAUGUGUCGGUCACCGCUACCUCGCUUCUGCCUGGUGUCAAGACUGGUGAGGCUAUGGCUAUGGGUGAGCGUCCUUCGCUCGCUCUCAUCUCUGCCGCUGCUUCAGCCCGUAUGUCGGUUGCAGAGUCUCUGAUGAACUUGGCCGCUGCCAGCAUCCCUGACAGGCUCAAGCGCAUUCGCCUUUCAGCCAACUGGAUGGCCGCCGGUGGCCACCCUGGUGAGGGUGCCGCUCUCUACGAGGCCGUGGAGGCUAUCGGUAUGGAGCUCUGCCCCGAGCUUGGUAUUUCCAUCCCCGUCGGCAAGGACUCUAUGUCCAUGAAGAUGAAGUGGCAGGACGAGAAGACCAAGGAGGCCAAGGAGGUCACCGCCCCAAUGUCUGUGGUCAUCUCCGCCUUCGCUCCAGUCGACCACAUCAACCGCACAUGGACUCCCACUCUGUCAAGACUCGAGGACGUUGGUGAGACUGUUCUCCUCUUUGUUGACCUUGCUGCUGGUAAGAAGGCAAUGGGAGGUUCUGCUCUUGCUCAAGUCUUUGGCAAGCUCGGUAACGAGGCUCCUGACGUCCGCGACGCUGAGGUUCUCAAGGACUUCUAUGAUGCUGUCGAGUCGCUCCAUGAGUCCGGCAUCGUUCUUGCCUACCACGACCGCUCUGACGGUGGUCUCUUCACUACUCUCGUUGAGAUGAUGUUCGCUGGCCGCACUGGUCUCGAGAUCAUGCUCGACGGUAUCUCCCAGUCUGACAAGACUGAGGACGUGCUUGAGGCUCUGUUCAAUGAAGAAAUUGGCGCCGUCUUCCAAGUCAAGAAGAAGGAUGAGAUCGAGUUCAACAGAUGCUUCUCCAGCUGUGGACCUCCUCCCGGUAUGAUCAAGAAGAUCGGAAGAGUUCCUGCUGCCACCAAGCAAGAUAUCUCCUUCCAUUACAAGACAGAAGUUAUCUACAGAGAGACCCGCCAAAACCUCCAGAAGACCUGGCAAACCACUUCCGUGGCUAUGCAGCGUCUUAGAGACAACCCUGAAUGUGCCGACGUUGAGAUGGCCAACAUUGCGGACGACAAGGAUCCCGGUCUUUCGUACAAGCUUACUUUCAACCCCAAGGACAACAUCUUGCCCUUGACUACUACCAUCUCGUCAGCUAUCAGCGCUAAGCCUCGUGUUGCCAUUCUGCGUGAGCAGGGUGUUAACGGUCAAGCUGAGAUGGCUUUCGCUUUCAACUGCGCCGGCUUCUCGCCCAUUGACGUUCACAUGAGUGACAUUCUCUCUGGUCGCGUCUCGCUUGCAUCGUUCGUUGGUCUCGCAGCCUGCGGUGGUUUCUCAUAUGGUGACGUUCUUGGCGCUGGUCAAGGUUGGGCCAAGAGCAUCCUGCUCCACUCGGGUGCUCGCAAAGAGUUCAAGGACUUCUUUGAGAGAAAGGACACCUUCACCCUCGGUGUCUGCAACGGCUGUCAGUUCUUGUCCCGCCUGACAGACAUCAUUCCUGGUGCCGAGACCUGGCCCACGUUUGAGACCAACGUCAGCGAGCAAUACGAGGCUCGUGUCUGUAUGGUUGAGGUGAUGGAUCAACCCAAGCAGCCCAGUGUCUUUUUGAACGGCAUGGCUGGAUCCUACAUCCCUAUCAUCACAGCUCACGGUGAGGGUCAAGCCACUUUCGACACCAGCGCAGCAUCAUCUGCCAGCCCUCAGGCUCUGAUGAACGAGGGUCUUGUCUCUAUGCGCUACGUCGACAACUACCUGAAGCCUACUGAGCAGUACCCCUACAACCCCAACGGAUCUCCUAUGGGUAUCACUGGAGUCAGAACUCCUGACGGUCGUGUCCUGGCCAUGAUGCCUCACCCUGAGCGUACCAUUCUCAAGGAAGUCGGCAGCUGGAUGCCCAAGGACCAGUCCGACACUUGGGGCGAGUUUGGCCCCUGGGUCAGAAUGUUCAAGAGUGCCAGAAAAUGGGUUGGUUAG